GCACGCUGGUGCGGGGAAGGCGCCCGCUUCGGGAUUUCGAAAUCGGAGAGACCACUCCUGGUCCCGAGGCCUGCAGGCCUGGCUGGUCUUGAGGAUGAUUGACUAUGGCAAGAAAGGCGGGCUUUGGCGCCAGGCGAGGGCCUGUGACAGGCAGAGGCCGCACCUGUAUGCUAUGGGCUCUGGCCUGGGCUACAGAUCGAGGCGGCCCGGGGGGGCCCUCAAGGUCCCCCUCCCCCCCACGGCAGGCCGCCCUCCAGGCUGGCGGACGUCGAGUGGGCAGCCCAGGUAAAGGGCCGACUGUGGGGCCCUGCACGCCAUCCAGUCCCCUUUGAAGAGCGGCUGAAAGGUAAGUGGACUUUCUCUGUGGCUUUGACCUAGAAGAGAGAGUCCUGGUAGCCAUUCUCACUAUCCCAGGAGAGGCUCCCUCCGGCGUCUGGGGCUCCUAUUCUUGCCUGAGUGUGUGUGUGUGUGUGUGUGUGUGUGUGUGUGUGUCUCGCUCUGUUUCUCUCUCUCUCUCUCCAUAUAUAUAUAGGCACCUAAUGCUGGUUGGAGAAAUAAAUUGGGCCAUUGCCAGCAUAAGAUGUACCAGACUUGGCUAACACGUAGAGAUUUCAAUUUAUGUUUUUCUAUCUCAGCGCCUGUAGAAGCUAGAAAUACAAUGUUUUUUGGCUCUUAGCUGAGAAAUCAAAUUCUGUCAUUGUCUGGGGGUAAUUAUUAGAUCAAGAAUCCAAGUCAAAACAUAACAAAUAAUAACAAUAGUAGUAUAUAGAGUAGACUGCCAUCAGUCCCAAUACUGUGUGAGACCUGGAGGUAUGACACAGAAAUUAUAAAGGUAAACAUUUAUCAACAUCUCCCAACAGUUAUUUUUGUCUUACACAAUAAUAAUUUGUUUGAAAUCACUGUCUACUGAUGGUCUUGUUUAAGAAACAAUAACUCAAACAUGAUUUUCUUUGGACAUAGCUUUUAAAAAAUAGUUCCCUUUAAAAUUUUUAACUUGAGUUUUCAUUUUCAGCUAUUGUGUCCAUUCUCUGAGGAAAUUCGAGGGAAAUGUUACAUUCUAUCCUCUCCUGCCCGGCCCUUCCUUAUAUAUGCAAAGGAGAAACUUUCCCAGCUUGGAUUGGUUGGGGCACAGGCAGAAAGCUUCUGGGUGCAGCCCCCAUUGCGUGGGGAGAAGCCACUUUCAAGCGAGCUCGCUAGGUUCUGUGGAGGCCACCCGUAGCCCCGUCCUUUCCCAGUUUUCCCCCUUUGAGGGAAGUGAGGGCAGGGGGGAGAAAAUCGAAAAGCAAGGAAGAGGUUAAGGAAGUCGUUGGCAGAUUCCUAGGAGAGCAUAGCCAGCCCCCCCCCCAAGUCCUGAACCCCAUGAGCCUGCAUUCACCAGAGUUUUACAGAUCUUACAAACAUCCUCUGGAAAUUCAACCAAAUUGUAUAAAUAGUCUUUCUUCAGCCUCUGCAGAACUGAGGAUUUUAAAGCUAAUUCAAGGGUUUUACAAGCCCAACAAAUACAGUUGUAAAAAUGCCAUUGGAAAGAUAUCACAUUUUACAAAAUGAGAUUGAUCCAUGUGCUGUAAAAGUCAGCUAUCUUGAAGGCACACCUAUCAAGCAAGGGAAAGCAACCCAGGACAUGCUUUUCACGUCCUGUCUGGGCAAGGCCAGGCCUGGGACCAAGGUAAAAAGCAAUGCAGACGGUUCCUGGAGCCAGUGAAGCAGCUAUUCCCAGUUUUAGAGCAGCUGCAGGUGGCAGGCCCCCAAAGUCCCAGGAAAGGCAUGGAAGAGGGGUACACCCCAGGAAAGUGCCGGCUGGGGUGCCCCGCAAACCAAGCACACCAAUGAUCUCACAGCCUUGGGACAUCCCAGCUGCCCUCUCUCCCUGGCUUGGCAGGGACCUUGGGUCGCUGGGCCUCCGGAAUGAGGACAGAGAUUCCACAUCUGGAUCUGUCUCAGCUCUGAGCAGUCCAGGUGUCGGUGUCGGUAGGGCGAGUCCCAAGUGCUGGGUGAGGGGAGCAGGUCCCACGGCCGGCUUCGGAGCUCGGUCUCAAGGCCAUUCCUCUGUAGGUCCCUUUCUUGUUGAAGCCAGUGGUUUCUGGUCUCUCAGUUCCUGGGUUCAAAGGUGGGACGGGGACGCACAGCUUGUGGGGUGCUUUGAGGCCUCACAGUCGCUGGCCAUUGGAGGGGGGAGCCCGUAGGGACUCAAAGGAGACGUGUUGUAUGUGGGAUGAUGGGGCCCGCGGGGGAAGACGUUUGGCCGCAUCCUGGUCAGCUCGAGGUGAGCCUUCCGCGGCAGCGAGGCCCAGGCCCUGGCUGGAGGUGGGGAAGGAGAGCAGGAAGGGAUGCCCCGAUUCCUAAGGUGCAGGAGUGAGGAGCAGGGCGCGAAGGCCUGGGUUCUCAGACCCCCUUCUCCAGCUCUGGAACCCGCACCCACCGGUAGGGGAGUGCAGAGGGUGGGGCAAACUCAGGGCCCUGCCGGGAGGGCAGGCCGAUGGGUAGCAAAGCCUUCGUUGUCACCGCCCCUCCGGGCGCGGGGCUGUCAGUUUUCCUGUUUGGAAAGAAACCCCAGCAAAAUCCGACCAGGCAGAAAGGGGAGGAGGAAGGAGCGGGCCUGGCGGGCCCUUUGCGGCGGCCGGACUCUAGUGCCCCUACCCCGGCCUGAUUCGCACGCCUCUACCCGGGCCGUGCCCGCCGCUGGCGUUCGGGAAGAGAGCCGGGCCGGCUGGCUGUGCGCGCCCAUUAAUCUGCCGGGCGGGCGGCGGGCGGGCGGGCUGGGGGCUGUUUGUAACUUUGCUGCCUCGGUCGCCGCGGUCCCCGGGGAGCGGGCUCCGGCGCUCGCUCCCAUUGGCCGCCGCCGCGUCAGCUGGUGCGAUUUGCGGCUGUCGCUUUUGGCGUUCGGCCAUCCAGAAACAAACCAGUUCGAUGACUACUAAUAGUUAUAGCCAGAUGUACUAAUACACAACAAAUCACAGUCCUGCAGAGGGGCGCGCAAAUGAGUUCCUAUUUUGUGAAUCCCACUUUCCCCGGGAGCCUGCCCAGCGGCCAGGACUCCUUCUUGGGCCAGCUGCCCCUCUACCCGGCCGGCUAUGACGCGCUGAGGCCCUUCCCGGCCUCGUACGGGGCGUCGAGCCUCCCGGACAAGACGUACACCUCACCUUGUUUCUACCAACAGUCCAACUCGGUCCUGGCCUGCAACCGGGCGUCCUACGAGUACGGGGCCUCGUGUUUCUAUUCUGAUAAGGACCUCAGUGGCGCCUCGCCCUCGGGCAGUGGCAAGCAGAGGGGCCCCGGGGACUACCUGCACUUUUCUCCCGAGCAGCAGUACAAACCCGACAGCAGCAGCGUGCCGGGCAAAGCCCUCCAUGACGAAGGCACCGACCGGAAGUACACGAGCCCUGUUUACCCCUGGAUGCAGCGGAUGAACUCCUGCGCGGGUGCUGUGUAUGGGAGUCACGGGCGCCGAGGCCGCCAGACCUACACGCGCUACCAGACGCUGGAGCUGGAGAAGGAGUUCCACUUCAACCGCUACCUGACGCGGCGCCGCCGCAUCGAGAUCGCCAACGCGCUCUGCCUCACCGAGCGCCAGAUCAAGAUCUGGUUCCAGAACCGCCGCAUGAAGUGGAAAAAGGAAAAUAAACUCAUCAAUUCCACACAGCCCAGCGGGGAGGAGGCUGAGGCAAAGGCGGGCGAGUAGACGCCUGGGCAGGGACCAGGCCAGCGCUGCAACCUC